AUGGAUACUUUCAUUAAUCUCGCGAAGCAAGGUUACGAGACGUACUCUGAGUCUCAGAAUCAGUCUCACGUACACAAGACCGGAGGCCAGGAGUACAACUCUCCUGACAACCGCCCUCCCCAAUCUUACAGAUCCUCGUUCAACUCGGACGAAGUGAACCAGCAUAUUGACUCUGAAAACCAUGGCUUCGCAAACCAAGCACUGUCUCAUGCGCACAGGCAUCAAGGUGAAAUCGACGAAGAUGGUGUCCAAAACCUCAGGAAUGCCCACCAACAAGCAUUCAGCUCUGAGGGUCGGGGCCCACAAGGCAUGGCACCCGAUGCAUUGGGUGGAGCUGCGGCCUUUCAAGUGUUCACGGAUAUGAUGAGCGGUGGCGGCGGCGGAAGUCACGGAAGCAGCGGUGGAGGCGAUAUGCAGAGCAAGCUUGUUGGCAUGGCCAUGCAACACGCUUCCUCGCUCUUCGACCAAUCUGGUGGCGGAUCUAGCGAGGCCAAACAAAGCGCCAUGAACAGCGCUGCUACUUAUGUUAUGCAGCUUUUGAUGAAGAAGGAGAUGAGUUCUUUCAUCGGUGGAGGCAGCAGUGGAGGCUUGAGCGGAAUCAUGGGCAUGGCAAGCAAGUUCAUGUAA